AACUACUGUGUGUUGAUAUUUCUCAACAAUACUGCGAGGAGCUACUCAUUUAUAGUGUUUUGUGUUAUUGAAAUAAAACCAUGGCAGAAACUGAAUGUACUAUCAAACUUGAUGAACUGUUAACUGGGGUCCAAAAUGUUGCAACCCAAUCAGACAUGUCCAAAGCCGAAAAGCUGCAAAAGAUAUCUUCGAUCAUGCACCAAGCAACAUCGAUCGUCAAGGAACACCACAGUAACAUAGAAGUUGUCACCAAAGACGUCGAUUUGGUCAGCAAUGCCGCCCAUGUAAUCGGAAACCAAAUCGCAUGCCUCCAGACAACAUCUAAUAACUACGACUACAAAAAAUUAGCAAACCGAUUAAAACCAAUUGUAAAGGCCUCUAGUAAACAAUGGCUUGAGUUAUUUGAUCCUUCGAUGUUGGGUUUAAAGAGUCCCCCGAUCAGCCACAGCAUGUUUGCUACUUUCAAUCCUGAAAAACCAGUAAUAAAAGUGAGGCAGAAACGGCAGAGGACCCAAAGGGAUCCCAUUGAAAUUGAAUCUACUUGCCCUGAUAGCAUAGAUAAGGCUGAACAAACCGAAGAAACCUCAGCAAUUCUGGAAAAAGUUAAGAGCCAAAUCAUGAGACUCUUCAAACACAACAGCAUGAAGCCCAUAAAAUAUUUCCAAAUCGUACUAGAUCCUGAAGACUUUGGUAAAACCAUUGACAAUAUUUUUCAAGUGUCAUUUUUAGUUCGUGAUAGAGCUGUGGAGGUCUUCGAGGAAAAUGAAGAUUUGUGGUUGAAGCCUGUGGCAAAGUCUGAGACUGAUGAACAGAACUUGGGCGAUGGACAGCAAGCCAUUAUGAGCAUCGACAUGGAGCAGUGGAAAGCCUUGGUGAAAAAAUAUGAUGUGAGGAGGCCUAUGAUAAAUAUAUCAGAUCGGUAUGAAGGCAAAUGAUA